GCAAGACGCUGUUAACCUGACAAGUGUGAAGCCGACGAGAUGAAAGGUUCUCGAGAUGUGAAGGUGAUGGAGGAGGACAAACCGUGGGCGUUGGUCUCAGAGGUCGGGGGUGACGUUGGAUACCUGGAGGAGCUCGCAGACAUCUUGAAACAACACUUCCGACUCGUCUGCCAUCGAGAGCUUCUAGAAAACCCAGCUCUCCAUGGCCCCAGAAUCCAGGUGCUGUUUAUUUGGAAGUAUUUCCCUGCAGCCGAGCCUUCGCUGCUCAGAUUGCUUCCGUCCCUCAAAGUGGUCGCCAGCGGAGGAGUGGGCACCGACCACCUGGACCUGCCGUUCAUUAGCGGCCGAGGGGUGAUAGUGGCCAACACGCCGGGUGUGGUCAGCGACGGCACGGCAGAUCUCGCCAUGGGUCUGCUUCUGGCGUCAGCUCGCAAGAUCCUCGAGGGUCAUCAAAUAUCUAUUGACCCAAAGACGGUCCAUAUGCCGCAAAGCCUGAUGGGAUUUGAAGUCACCGGGUCGACUCUGGGGAUUAUUGGAAUGGGAGACAUCGGAUACAGGAUCGCCCGAAGAAGCUGUGGAUUUCAAAUGAAGAUCCUCUACCACAACAGGACCAGAAGGAGUGAAGAGGAUGAGCAGGCGGUUAAAGCCGGUUACUGCGAGCGGCUGGACGACCUGCUGACGAGGUCGGACUUCGUCAUGAUAGCCGUCAAACUGACCUCGGACACGGUCGGUCUGAUCGGCCGCAGAGAGCUGUCCCUCAUGAGACCCACUGCGACGCUGGUCAACAUCAGCAGAGGUGAGGUCGUGGACCAGGAUGCUUUGGUGGAAGCGCUCGGCUCGGGAACGAUUCGUGCUGCGGCUUUAGACGUGACUCAUCCUGAACCUUUGCCGAGAGAUCACCCACUCCUCCGUCUGCCCAACGCGCUGAUCACCCCCCACAUCGGGAUCAAUACAAACAGCACAGCCAGGAGGAUUGUGGGCAAGAUGGCGGAGAACGCCCUGGCUGCACUGAAAGGAUUACCUGUCCCCGAUGAAGUCAGGCCACAGUGAACAAGCUCGUUCAGCAGAAUCUGUUCGUUCCGUCUGUGGAACACGGUCGACCUCGUCAUAACAAUAAAAUGUUGGAAGUGGACACAAGUCAAAAGUUUAUUUCAAGUAUGAAAGUCGAGGAAAAAGCACAUUGAAAAUAACCAGUGUUGAGCAAAGUGCAAGAAGAAAGUAAAAAAUAAAAACAGUUAGUAUCAUUGUACCGAUGGUUAAAAUACAGGAAAUAAUCAGUUUUGAUCGGGAUCUUUAAUCGUUAUUCCUGAAGCUGUGUUUGAUUCUAGAU